CUGUAUUUAUUCCAGCGUUGCCGACGCUAGUCAUCCGAUUAAAGUUAUACGAGACGAAUGGCUUAUCGCAUGGCAUCCAAAAUACCAAAAACAUUUUUCAUACGAAAAAAAUUCGUAUACGAGUACUCGAAUACGAAUAUGUUCGCAUAAGUCAGAAAAUAGCAGCCCUGUUCAUUGGUUGUACGUACACACACACGUCAGGUUUUAUAUGUCAAAGUCAAAAAGUCAUAACAAAUAAUUUAGUUUUGAAUUUUUAUUUUAUAGUAAUUUUAAUAUAAAUUUACUGUUAACAUGGAUAAAAGUACAGUUGCAGAACUAAACUCACAACAUGAUUUAUAUUUACAAGAAAUCGAAGGAAUAGAUGAUUAUUGGGGCCCUACUUUUCGAGCAAUUUUUGAUAGUAACGAAGAGGUAGAAUUCAAGAAAAAAUUAGGAGAACGUAUUAAACACCAUGAUAAAGACAUUGAAAGAUUGUGCAAUGUUUAUUAUCAAGGAUUUAUUGAGUCUGUUAGAGAACUUUUAGAAGUUCGAUCUCAAGCUAAUAAACUAAAUAGUCAAGUAGUUACUUUAGAUAAACAGGUUCAUGAUGCUGCUCAGGGUAUUACCAAAUCUGGGUCAGACUUAUUGCAAGCUAGAAAAGUACAAAGUAAUAUUGCUGUGGUUAUAGCACAGCUUAACCUAUGUUUGCCGGUAUUUACAACUUACUCUAAAUUACAAAAACAAAUUGCAGAAAAAAGAUAUUAUCCGGCUCUUAAGACUCUAGAAGAAUUAGAACAUCUACACUUACCUCAUGUUGCUAACUAUAGAUUCUCAAGACAAUUGCAAGAAAAUAUUCCAAAGUAUAGAGAGAAAAUAGAAGCAGCUUCCAUGUCUGAUUUAAAAGACUUUUUAGAAAAUAUAAGAAAAUUUUCACCAAAAAUUGGAGAAGUGGCGAUGAGACAUACUAGUGAACAACUUGCUAGUGAUCCAACUGUGGUAGGGAGAAAGAAGAAAAGAAAUGCCCCUCAACCUCCAGGUCAAUUUUCUGAUGAAGAUAGGAGUGCUCAAGAGUUAAUAGACUUUUCGCCCAUCUACAGAGGGUUACACAUUGCCCAUGUACUUAGUAGAUCUUCAACAUUUGAAACUUAUUAUAGGGCUGAGAGAACUAAGCAAGUUAGAUUAGUGUUGCAGCCACCAACCAACAUGCAUGAAUCUGAAGAAAGUUAUAGAUCAUACAUUCAUGCAGUUCUUGGAUUCUUCAUAUUGGAAGAUCAUGUUUUAAAUACCGGAAAAGGACUUAUUACUAGGGCUUUUUUGGAUGAAAUGUGGUCAAUGGCAUUAUCAAAAAUUGUCACAGCUCUCCAAACAAAUUCUUCAUACUGUACUGAUGCCACUUUAAUAUUAAGAAUAAAAGAUUUGAUAAUGUUGUUUUGUACGACUUUGAGAAAUUAUGGUUACUCAGUCAAACCUCUAUGGGAGUUGGUGAGAGAGUUGAGGGAUCAUUAUACAGAAGUUUUAAUGCAAAGGUGGGUGCAAGUGUUUAGAAAAAUAUUGGCAGAAGAGGACUUCCAACCUAUUAAGAUCAACAAUCAAGAAGAACUGAAUGAAAUGUUAUUGUCUUUUCCAUGGGAAGGUGACCUUCCCGAUAAUAUAGUAUACCCAUACAGCUUUCCGUUUUCCAGUAUGGUUCCUAAAAUAUAUAGGGAGGUUAAAGAAUUUAUCUAUGCCUGUGUGAAGUUUUCUGAAGAUCUAAAUCUCAGUCAGGUGGAGGUGGACGAAAUGAUCCGAAAAUCAAUGAAUUUGUUGCUGACGAGAACUUUCAAUGGCUGCCUUUCUUCGACAUUUAGAAGCCCCCAUGUUAAUUUACAAGAGAUUAUUCAAAUAAUAGUAGAUACAGGAUAUUUAGAAGAGGCUAAUGUCUACCUUGAUCAGUUCAUAUCAAACAUUACUGGUGAAGAAUCUCGUGGUGUAACUUCAGCUUUGGCCCAUGGACAAUCUGCACUGUUUUCUGUAUCUCGUGAGGACGCAGUCAGGCAGAUUUGCGAAAAACUCAAACAGAAACUGAACGAAUUUUUCGAAUUAGAAAAUUAUGAUUGGUUGCUGGUGGAGCCCAAUGGACACGCCUCUAGUUACAUAUCCGAUAUUAUUGCGUUUCUACAGACGACAUUCCACAGUUUUACAAAUAUCCCGCUCGAAGCGGCACAAAUUGCUUGUAAAUCAGCCUGUGAUCACAUAGCGGAAUCGUUAUUUGCAAUGUUAAUGAAUGAAGAGAUCAAGCAACUUUCUAUGGGAGCUUUGAAUCAACUCAAUUUAGAUCUACUUCAAUGCGAAUUAUUUGCUGCGUCUGAACCAGUGCAAGGUCUACAGGAAGGUUCUUUGCUUUCUUAUUUCGAAUAUUUGAGAGAAAUCUUGGAUUUGUUUAUAUCGUGGGACUGGCCAACGUAUUUUCAUGAUUAUGCCCAAGAAACAAGCAAAUAUAAGAAAGUAAAUCCUGACGUGGCCAUCGUUUUAUUAGAAAAGUUAAGAGAAGGUGACAAGAAAACCAUGUUUACAGUGCUGAAGAAGAGCGAACGGGACAAGAAGAAACUUUUGGAGACGGUUUUGAAGCAAUUGAGACAACUUGCUCAGAUACCUCCUGGAAAAUAAAAUUAGUUUUAAAUAUUAAACAAAAGCUUUAAUUAUUUGUAUCGUACUCUUUUAACUUUGAAUGAUUAUUUUACUUUAAGAAAUAAUUUAUUUUACAAUAUUGUUAUAUUAUUUAGAAUAAACAUUGAUUUAUA